AUGUUCCAAGGAACUUCACGUCGUCUUUAUCAGGUAAUUGGAAAUACCAAAUUGAGUGAUCUCCCUCCAGAGUGGCGAGCCCCUGUGAGUGAUGUUCUUGAGAACGAGGAGAAGGCUGAUCCGAGCUUCAAGAACGUCGAGAUCCGAGGAUCCAAACCGCAUCCCUUUCGCGAUGACCCGGAUGACAAGCAGGACGUGAUAUCUGUUCGUAUCAAGGAUGGCGAACUGAAAACCUUCCGGAGGCUACACAUACACCAGGAUGGCUCAGUCAACAGGGUUGAAGUUUAG